CUUGAACUUCCUCUCAACUCCAAUUGUGCCCAUCAUGUCUUUCCGCACCCUCAGAAUCGGCCUCAUCCCCGGUGAUGGCAUCGGCAAGGAGGUCAUCCCCGCCGGCCGCCGCAUUCUCGAAGCUCUUCCCGCAUCUCUUGGCCUCAAAUUCGACUUUGUCGACCUCAAGGCUGGCUUCGAGACCUUUGAGCAGACCGGCGCUGCGCUCCCCGACAAGACUGUCGAGGUUCUCAAGAACGAGUGCGAUGGUGCGCUUUUUGGAGCUGUGAGCUCGCCUACACAGGCUGUCAAGGGUUACUCAUCGCCCAUUGUCGCUCUGCGAAAGAAGCUCGACCUCUACGCCAACGUCCGUCCCGUCAAGACUGUCAUGACCGCUGCUAAGCCUAUCGACAUGGUCAUUGUCCGUGAGAACACUGAGGAUCUUUACGUCAAGCAGGAGCAGACCCAUGAGACUCCCGAGGGCAAGGUUGCCGAGGCUAUUAAGCGCAUUUCCGAGAAGGCUUCGUUCCGCAUUGCUACCAUGGCUGGUGACAUUGCUCUGCGUCGCCAGAAGAUCCGUGAUGCUGGUGCCUCUAGCAUUCACAAGUCUCCCCUUGUCACCAUCACCCACAAGUCCAACGUCCUGUCCCAGACCGACGGUCUCUUCCGCGCUACCUCCAAGAAGGCCCUUGCCGAUCCCAAGUUCUCAUCUGUUGCCGUUGAGGAGCAGAUUGUCGACUCUAUGGUUUACAAGCUCUUCCGUCAGCCCGAGGACUACGACGUCAUUGUCGCUCCUAACCUGUACGGUGACAUUCUCUCCGACGGUGCUGCUGCUCUUGUCGGCAGCUUGGGUCUCGUCCCCAGUGCCAACGUUGGUGAGGGCUUCGCUAUUGGCGAGCCUUGCCACGGCAGUGCUCCCGAUAUUCAGGGCCAGAACAUCGCCAACCCCAUUGCUACUCUCCGAUCCACUGCUCUGAUGCUCGAGUUCCUCAACGAGGAGGAGGCUGCUGCUAAGAUCUACGCUGCUGUUGAUGGUAACCUUGAGGAGGGCAAGCUCCUGAGCCCCGACCUGGGUGGUAAGGCCACUACCGAGGAGGUUGUCGCUGACAUUCUCCGACGCCUGUAAAAUAUAUAAAACAUCAAAAGUUGGUAGCUAGAUCAGAUAUCCCAUGCUGUUUGAACAUGUGAUGAUACAGCUAGUUUUUGGAUACAGCUUGGAAAUCCGUGUGAAGAUUCGUUUGUUUUAAAGAUCUAGAGAGGAUUGUAUAUGGUAUACGUUUUUCUAUCCAUCUUUUCUAAAUACUUCCG